GUAAAAUUGGAACUGGACACUUUACUGGUUCUUUUCUCGCGACGGCGUCCGCUAAGCAGUCGGGCGCGGCCAUCGCCAUUCCUGUUGCAAUCGCCAUCGCUGCUGUUAGCACCGCCAAAGCCAGGUGUCAGCCAUGUCGCUGAUCGCGAACGAAGAUUUUCAGCACAUUCUUCGUGUGCUGAAUACUAACGUCGAUGGCAGGCAGAAGAUCAUGUACGCCUUGACGUCGAUCAAGGGUGUGGGGCGGCGGUUUGCCAAUCUUGUGUGCAAGAAGGCCGACGUGGACAUGAGUAAGAGAGCGGGCGAAUUGACUGCUGCGGAGCUGGAGAAUCUUAUGGUGAUCGUGGCCAACCCAAGGCAGUUCAAGAUCCCGGACUGGUUUCUGAAUCGCAAGAAGGAUUACAAGGAUGGGAGGUACUCGCAGGUAGUGGCCAAUGCUUUGGACAUGAAGCUGCGUGAUGACUUGGAACGACUCAAGAAGAUCAGGAACCAUCGCGGUCUUCGUCACUACUGGGGUCUCCGCGUUCGCGGACAGCAUACGAAGACGACCGGUCGCCGCGGAAGGACUGUCGGUGUGUCCAAGAAGCGUUAAAGCGAUUGCCGAGGCAGAGGUCCAUGGGUCGUUCUCCUGCUUGCCCAGCGGAACUAUGGUGGUGGAGAUGAUCGCAAUGAGUGAAUGGAUGGAAGACGUACGAUCGGUGAUGUACGAUGAGCUUAUGGGUUGAGGAAGCGUUCAUGAAGAGGCUGUUAAUGAGAGUUGGAGCUGCGAUGGCGAGGACCGUACUGAGUUUUUGCUACUGUGAUACUGUAUUAGGGUGUUAACCAGAUUUGAUCGACGUCUAAUCAUUGUAUGGUGGCGGAACCCUAGUCGGUGUUGGAAACCCUAAUCAUUUGGCGAAACCCUAAUUAGUGGUGGAUAUUCUGGUCUGGAUUGUGCGUAAUCUUGUGAUAUCUUCGUUGAGUGGUAAUUUUUGAACAGUAUAUUUUUCAUUUUUUAUGAAAUUGCUUCGGACAAUCUGGUACUUCUCCCCCGAAGGAGAGGGUUGUAUACCACGGCCUAUUCUUCCGGGUUACUUCAAAUCUCGCUCUCUCUCUCUCUCUCUCCCCCCCUUUCUCUUUGGUGCUGCGCGUGUCUGCGUGUAUGUUCGUGUGUGGGUGUGUGCUCGUGUUGUGUGGAGUAUGUGGAAGUGGAUAUGUGUGUGUGUGUGUGUGUGUGUGUGUGGAAGUGGAUGUGUGUGUGUGUGUGGAAGUGUUGGAAUGUGUGGAAAUUUUGUUGCCGUGCGUGUAAAAGUGAUAGUUCAUUCCGGAAACCUCGUACCCCUCUUUCCUCUCUUUUCCCUCUCCGUCUUCGCCCCCUUUUCUCUUGCUCUUCUUUUGCUCUUUUCCCCUGCCUUCACCCCUGUCCUCCUUUCCCCUCCCGCCUCCACCUUGUCCAUGUUUCCCGUCAAACGACCCCGUUCCCCUCCCUCCGCAUGGACGGUACUUGGCGAGCCUCCUCCUCCCCUGCGCAAUUACGUGAUGACAAAUCGUGAAACCCUCGACACUCCCCUUUCCUUCCCCGACCCGGGCUCGACUCUCACCUUCUUCCUUCCCCCAUCCUCCCCCUCUAGCCCCCGCCUUUGUAUCGCGGCAGGACGUGAUCCGUUGAACGGGCAUGAAGAAUGCGGGUUUCUCCUGGGAGUGGGCCUAGCGGAGACCCGUCAGGCGCUGGUGACGAAUGACUUCUAGGGGCGCAUGAUGGUCUCACAUGGCCAGAUUGAGAUCGGACGUGACAUUUGAGCACAGGAUCGAGGACGGCGUGUACACACACGGAAACGAAAUGAAUUUCUCAGUGAGAGUCUGCCUUUCGAUGUAGAGGAGGAAGAGGGAAAGAGGAAGAGGAGGGAAGGAGUUGGAAGAGGAGGGAAGGAGUUGGAAGAGGAGCGGAGGAGUAGGAAGAGGAGGGGUAGAUGAGGGGGAUAUUCAUGCCUUUUGGAGUGCAAGGGCUUGUUGUUGUGUGUCUUGCGAGGUCAUUUGCCGUUUGGUGUACAUACAGGAGGAAGAGGAGGGGGAGGACGAAAAGGAGGGGAGGAGGAGGAUGACAUGCAUGCCUUGUGGAGUACCAUUCCAGGUAGUAACUACGUGCCCAAGAGCGUGCCAGUCCUUGCCUGUGGGAUUAAGUUAUUGAAUAGAAGGAUAGGAUACCGCUCUCCUUUGAGAUUGAGAACGAGGAGGAAGAGCUUGGUGCGGUCUGGCGUGGUGGUGGAGGUGCACUGUGGGAUGCCCAGCUUCGUUUGAAGGCAAAGAAAGGUGUACGGUAGGCGUUGGCGGGUGAUGCGUCUUUCCGAUGUUUGUCCUUUCGUCGGCGUGCCGCUACCUAUUGUCGUCCUAGUACAACCAAGCAAUCAAUCAAUCUGUGUCCACAUGCUUGCGCGGCGCACACACACGCGCAUGCGCCUCUGCGAGGACAUACCAACACAUACAGCGAGAGGGGAAGAGGGAGGUGGAGUAGAUGUUUUUGUAAAUAGAAGGGAGCGGAUUGGAGGUGAGUUGACAUGGUCGUUCAAACGAAAAGA